AUGUUGAACUCUGUUAAGAAAAUAUAUAAUAAACUAACCUACAAUGAAUUAGUAGCUGAGAAAGUGAUAUUGAUUCCAGGGCCUGUUGAACUAAGUGCGAAAGUAAAGGAAUCCCAAACUUUGGCUAUAAUGGUUCCCACUGACCCCCGUUUUGUCCUCACUUUUCAAAGAGUACUUCGUAAUACAAGAAAACUGUUCAAUUCUGAGAAUCAAAAUGCUCAGCCAUUUGUUAUGUCAGGUUCAGGCACCUUGGGUUGGGAUGUGGUUGGUGCUAACGUUAUUAGAAAAAAUGAUAAAGUUUUAAUGUUAAAUAUUGGAUAUUUUUCAAGUUCGUUUACUAAGACUCUGCAAUUAUAUGGCGCAGAAGUGAAAGAAUUGGCAGCACAGGUUGGAGAAACUGUGCCUUUGCAAACCAUUAAGGAAGAGUUAAGUAAAACGGAUUAUAAAGUGCUUUGUAUCACUCAAGUUGACACAUCUACUGCAGUUUUGAGUGAUGUAGAAGGAAUAAGUAAAAUCGCAAAAGAAGUUUCGCCCGAUACAUUAAUUAUUGUGGAUGGGGUAUGCUCCAUAGGUUGUGAAACAUUAAAAUUUGAUGAAUGGAAUAUUGAUUUCUGUCUAACUGCAUCGCAAAAAGCUAUUGGUGCAACACCUGGUCUUUUGAUAUGCAUGGCCAGUGAAAGGUUCUUAAAGGAAUCAUUUAGCAAAAGAGCUUCUGGAAUGUUUACAUCUCUUGAAAAUUGGUAUCCAAUCGUGAAAGGUUAUGAAAAUGGUGAGACAAAAUAUUUUGCAACUUUAAAUAUACCAUUAAUUUGUACACUAGAUGUAGCGUUACAGGAAAUUUUUGCUUAUCCAGGUGGUUUAGAAGGACGCAUUGAAGCCACUAGAAAAACUAGUGAACGAUUACACUCAAUGCUAUGUAAUGAGCUUGGUCUAAAACUCGUUCCAAAGGAUACAAAUUCAACAGCCCAUGGAGUUUCGGUGGUUUAUCAUGAUGAUCCACAAUCUAUCAUAUCGUAUUUAAAUAAUAAUGGCGUUAUAAUUACCGGUGGUCUCCAUAAAGAUAUCAAAUCAAAAUGUUUUAGGGUCGGUCAUAUGGGAUAUUCAGCUUGUGAUCCCACUUCCGGUCAUAUGAGACAAUUGACCACUUUAAUUAGGCAGACAAAAAAUUUACCACCACAACAGCAUCUUAAAUAA